CGAUGAGCUAGCGACGAGAACAACAACAACAACAACAUACACGUUGUACGGUGCGCAGAAUGUGCAGGCACAGACACAGACAUACGAUGACUUAGAUGACGACGAGGUGUUCACACUGAGACCGCUGACAACAACUACUACUGCACCCCUGUUGCUAACCAGCACCACCACCACACACACAAACACAUCAUCCUCGCCCACCCACACAUCCACACCCAUUUCAUCACAUCACACAACGUCUAUGGCAUCAACAACCACAACAACGACACCAAUAAUAACAACUCUGGGCACGUAUAAUCUGGAUGACAUUUGUUUUACGCUGGAAUAUCAGUUUCAAAAUCAAAAGCUCGUCCAGGUGCAGCCACCUACAGUGGUGUCCUUCAGCAUGGUGCCGUCUAUCGAAGAGACAACAAUAACAAAAACAGAGAUAAGCAGUGAUAUUAUGCAGCAGAACAACAACAAGUCAACAACAACAUGCACAUCAACAACUUCUCCUACUACUACUGCAUAUUUUACACUUGGGACGAGGUACUAUAUCGAAGAGCAGACUGAGCCAGAUAACGAUGACGAUGAGCUGGCUCACUGCAUUCAUCCGGGCGCCUUGCAUAAGGACACUGACGAGGAUCAGCUGAUGGCGAUGUCGAUGGCGUACGAGAGCUCUGACGAAGCUCUUAGCCGUUAUAAAUGCAACUAUGAGAACUGUUAUCGCAGCUACAGCACUAUCGGAAAUCUGCGAACGCAUUUAAAAACCCACACUGGUGACUACAGCUUCAAGUGCACGGAGGAAGGCUGCAACAAGGCGUUCCUUACAUCCUACAGCCUGAAGAUCCAUGUCAGAGUCCACACCAAGGUGAAGCCCUAUGAGUGUGAGGUGAGUGGCUGUGAUAAGGCGUUCAACACACGCUACAGAUUGCAUGCCCAUCAUCGGCUGCACAAUGGUGAGACAUUCAAUUGCGAAAUGUGCCAGAAGUGCUUCACCACGCUGAGUGAUCUGAAGAAGCAUAUGCGCACACACACCCAGGAGCGUCCCUACAAGUGUCCCGAGGACGAUUGCGGCAAAGCGUUUACCGCCUCGCAUCAUUUGAAGACACACAAACGCACGCACACCGGCGAGAAGCCGUAUCCGUGCCAGGAGGACAGUUGCCAGAAAUCGUUUAGUACUUCGCACAGUCUCAAGUCGCACAAGAAGACGCAUCAGCGACAGCUGCUCCAGAAAAGCAAAAAGAAAUUGAAGAAACAGAAGCAACAACAACAACAGGAGCAGGAGGAUAUAGAGGAGCAACUGGAGCAGCAAGAGGAGCAGCAACACUUGAAAAUCAAACAGGAAAUUGAAGUUACCGACAUGGUGCUGCUUAAUCCGGGCAGUCACAGCUCGGAGGCAACCAGCAAUGACAGCGGCGUUGUGCUGCAGCAAGUGUCCAAUCUCUACAUGCUGCCAGAGACAUCGCAGGCGUAUCCCUUGUCCUAUGCCGCCGAGGAGGAGAUACCCAGUCCCUGGAUUGAUGCGGGUGUGCUCGUCUCCAAGCCCAUUAUGGCCAUGGCGCCGUUAACCGACACCUGCGUUGCACUGCCCACGGAAAUGCCCAGUUUUGUGGAUCUGAAGCAGAGCUUUGGCAAUGCCAUCAGCGGCAACAUGGAGGAGUUAAACAUGACACCAACACUGGACGUGGAAAUGUUGAAUAGCACUAAUAGUAAUCCAACUGUAGCCACUUUGCCCACGCUGGAGCUAAAUCCGCAGAACAUUGAAGAGCUGCUCAAGGAUGAUAGCUUUGAUAAUGACGAGGACAUGGAGACGGAGUCGCUGCUCAACGAUAUACUCAUGACCAUUGACAACAACAGCGCCUUGUUGCAGGCCACAUUGCAACAGGCAUCACAGGUGCCUCGGGAUGCCUCCGGUCUGGUGGAACUGGACAUCAGGGACAAUAAGCCGACGCUCAAGCAGAUCACAGCAGAUGCGGGCAUCUGCAAUUGCACCAACUGCAAGUGUGAUCAAACCAAGAGCUGUCACAGCGGUGACUGUGGAGGAUCCACAUCAGUGAAAUCCUCGAAGCCAACCACAACAACAACGGUGACAAACAGCUCCAAUGGCGCGUCAGGUGGCAAACGCAUCUGUGGCAGCACUGUCACCAAAAAAGUGAGUAAACGCGAAGCGGAAAUGAACCAAAACAUCGAGGAUGUUGCUCUGCUCUUGCAAAAUCUGGCUUCUAUGAGUGGCGGCAGCAGCAGUGGAGGCGGUGGUGGUUGCUGUGGUGGUGGUGCUGCCAAGCCAGCUCCGUCUCCCACAGCCACUAAUGGUUGUGGUUGCUCCUCCAGUGCACCAAAGCCGGCGGCGACAGGUGGUUGCUGUGGUUCAGCUGCAGCGCCACCUGUUGCCAGUCUUGGCUGCUGCGCACCGACAGCGCCACCUGUUGCCAGCGCUGGCUGCUGUGCACCGCCAUCAGCGCCACCUGUUGUGGCUUCCUCUGGCUGCUGCUCCAACAACAAACCGCCGCCGCCUGCCGUCAUCAGCAGCAGCAACAACACUAGCGCAAUCAAGGGCAACUCCUGCACCUGCAAGAGUCCGGCGGAGGGCGUGGCCAACGGCUGCUGCGUCGUCAUCUGCAUGAAAACAUUGCAAGCCUUGCGCAAAGUUCUGACACGCCGCAACCUCAAUUUAAUGCUUUGCCCGCAGCAGAGUUAAAAACAGCCGCCAGCAAUCGAUAAGCGACAAUAAUAAUCAUAAUCGAUAACCGACAACAAACAAUACCAAAAAUACCAAAUAUACUAAAUAGACUCUUUCCACUAGGCUUAAAGCAUCCAGAAAACAGAGGAAACACAUUUAUAAAAACAAACAGUUUUGCAGUGGAAAUAGACUAAAAAAAAACCGCAGCUUGUAAAACAUUCAAAAAACCAAAGCCAAAACUAUUGUAAUUAAGUAUUGUAUUGUGCCUGUUAGAAGUAUUCCAUGUUGUAUAAAAAGAAAACAUGAAAUUUAAAAGGAAAUUCAAGUAUUGUUGCUGUUGUUAAAUGCAAAUACUAAUUGUGCAAUAAAACCAAACGCAAAUUCCACACGAAGUUAACUUAACCCACUUAAAAAGCCGCCUUAACUUAAGAAUAAUACUUUAUAUAUAUUUUAUAAUAUACAAACAUGCUUUAAUCUAAUGCUUAAAUUGUAAAGCAAUUAUUUGUUUAACAUUUUGUAUGAGAAUUGUUGAAAAUGCUUAAAAAACCAACUAAACAAGCAAAAACUGCGUUAAGUUUGAAACAAUUAAAAUGCUUUAUAUAUUUUUAUGUAUAAAUAUACACCUUUAUAUCUGAAUUUGUAUAAAGUCGAAUAAAAAUAAAACUGAAAAUGUUGUUUUA